UGCCCGAAAUAAAAAUCGGAGAAAAACUCACGCCCCCAUUCCCUCCCCUCUCCCCUCUCCGCCCUAGAGCUCGACGGCGGCGGCAACAAGGGCUGGGGGAUGAAGAUAUCCGUGAAGACACUCAAGGGAUCCACCUUCCAGAUCGAGGUGGACUCCGCGCAGAAGGUUGCUGAUGUGAAAAGGAUAAUCGAGACUACUCAAGGACAGCACAUUUACCCAGCUGAGCAACAGAUGCUCAUUCAUCAGGGGAAGGUGCUCAAGGAUGACACCACAUUGGAUGAAAACAAAGUUCUUGAAAACAGCUUCCUUGUUAUAAUGCUUAGACAGGGUAAGGGCUCAUCAAGUUCAGCUCCUGCUACAUCUAAGGCACCCUCAAAUCAGGCUCCCCCUACUCAAACAGUGCCUGCAGCUCCUGCAUCUCAAGCACCAGUUGCACCAGCAACUACUGUACCUGUCACUGUCAGUGCUCCUACCCCAACUGCCACAGCUUCCCCAGCUCCUGCUGUUGCUGUAUCCUCUGAAGCUGAUAACUACGGUCAGGCCACCUCAAACCUUGUUGCUGGCAGCAAUCUAGAGGCAACAAUUCAAUCAAUUCUUGAAAUGGGUGGUGGAAUAUGGGAUAGAGACAUUGUGCUGCAUGCUCUAAGCGCUGCAUUCAACAACCCGGAGAGGGCUGUUGAAUAUCUGUACUCUGGUGUUCCUGAGCAGAUGGACAUUCCAGUUCCACCUCCGAGUAUACAGCCAGCCAAUCCUACCCAGGCUUCACAGGCAACUCAACCAGCAGCUCCAUCAAUUCUUUCGUCUGGACCAAACGCUAGUCCCUUGGACCUCUUUCCUCAAGCCCUUCCAAAUGCUUCCACCGAUGCUGCUGGUCUAGGAAAUCUUGAUGCUUUGCGCAAUAAUGCACAAUUCCGAACCUUGCUUUCUUUAGUGCAAGCCAAUCCUCAAAUUUUACAGCCAUUGCUUCAAGAAUUGGGGAAACAAAAUCCCCAGAUUUUGCAGCUGAUUCAGGAAAACCAAGCUGAGUUCCUCCACUUAAUCAAUGAACCAGCUGAGGGUGAUGAUGAAGAGAAUUUGCUAGACCAGUUUCCAGAGGCAAUGCCACAGACCAUAGCAGUUACUCCAGAGGAGAAUGAAGCCAUACUUCGUCUUGAAGCAAUGGGCUUUGACCGCGCGCUUGUUCUGGACGUGUUCUUCGCUUGCAACAAGGACGAGCAGCUGGCGGCAAACUAUCUCCUAGAUCACAUGAACGAGUUCGACGACGAGGGGCCACCAUAAGACACGCGGAUGGAAUACUUGUCAAGCUCAAACCUGGUAUCAUUGGAGCAAAGGGUUUGUGACCCGUAGUCCGUAGAGCAAAAGGCUUAGUAAAACCUUUUUAUUUUAUUUUAUUUUUUUGUGGAUUCGUCUCCUUCUGUUCCUUCUUUUCUUUCAUUAGUCUGUAAUUCUUUUCAGUUUGGCUUUUACUUUCUUGCGUACAUACUCUAGAUUACCUUUUUUACAGACUUGAUAACGGAGGUAUAAAAAGGUUCAGAGCCCGUCUGCAUUCAACCUUC